AAUGCCUAGAAUGCUCGUGGAGCGUUUGUAGAUCUGCGCAACGUCCGGGACAAGUGCUAAACCAGAAGGGCUAGCUCUGUGCACCGUCAUCUACAUCAUAUUUAGCGGAAAUAACUGAUAAACUUUCUAACACUCUGUUAAAGCAGCUCUGUGUCUGAUGUCCAAUGGCACCAUGUCCACCGUCAACCCCUUACUUCAGCUUCAACAAUGAACUGUGGGAAGCUCCCGGCUGUGAGUGAAGAAUGGCUAGGUUUAGGCUUAAAUCCUGCAUCAGCUUAAUCGCAUUGGCCUUGCUCCUACUCAUUAUAACGCUGGUUUUAAAGACUCUCACCCCUGAGGACUCCCCUUUUCACAGGCCUGUUGAAGUUCAAGUCGAUCUUCACAGACAGACUGCUUCUCAGAACCAGAGGGAAUACAACAAAAGACCUGUAGAGAUCAAAAUGAGUGACCCUGCUGAGUCAGACAGGGAUGCAGAGCUGGAAAGCACACUGAGGAAGUACCCUCCUCCAAACUACUAUCUCCAUGCCUUCUACUAUAUUUGGUAUGGAAACCCCAAGUUUGAUGGCAAAUACAUCCACUGGGACCAUCCACAGCUGCCACAUUGGGAUGCACAAGUGGCUCAGCAAUAUCCACAAGGAAGGCACGUACCCCCUGAAGACAUUGGGGCCAACUAUUACCCAUCCUUGGGGCCUUACAGUUCCAGGGACCCCGCUGUUUUAGAGGCACAUAUGCAGCAGCUGCGUACAGCAGCCAUUGGUGUCAUCGCUGUUUCCUGGUAUCCCCCUUCAACGAAUGAUGACAAUGGUGAGCCACUGGAUGAGAUAAUGCCCACACUGUUGGAGGUAGCUCAUAAGUACCACAUAAAGGUUGUGUUUCAUAUUGAGCCCUACAAAGGAAGAGAUGAAGUAAACAUGUUUACCAAUGUCAAAUACAUCAUUGAGAAAUACGGAGACCAUCCAGCUUUUUUCAAGUAUCGAACAAAUGCCGGCAAGCUCCUUCCACUUUUCUAUGUGUAUGACUCGUACUUGAUUAACUCGGAGCAAUGGGCCAAGCUGCUUAAACACACAGAAAGCGGCAGCAUCAGGGACACACCGUAUGACGGGAUCUUCAUCGCCCUGCUGGUCGAAGAAAAGCAUAAAAGGGAGAUCCUGACCGCAGGGUUUGAUGGCAUCUACACCUAUUUCGCCACCAAUGGUUUUACCUACGGCUCCACUCAGCGCAACUGGGUCUCCAUCAAAGCUUUCUGCGAGGAUAACGACCUCUUAUUCAUUCCUAGCGUGGGCCCAGGAUACAUCGACACCAGCGUCAGGCCGUGGAACUUUAAAAACACUAGAAACCGCAUCAACGGCAAAUACUACGAAACCUCACUGAGCUCUGCGCUGGAGUCGAGGCCGGAUUUUAUCUCCGUUACAUCUUUUAAUGAGUGGCACGAGGGGACUCAGAUUGAGACAGCAGUUCCAAAAACGGGUCUAAGUGUAUACCUGGACUAUCUGCCCAACAAGCCAACCAUCUACCUGGAAAUAACUCGCAAAUGGGCGGCAAUAUUUGGUGGAGAGAGACAAAGGUGGCAGGACUUAUAAUCAAAACCAUUUAUUUAUGGUCUAUACUAAACUACUGAAAAACUGCAUCUCUUUUUUAAGUCAAUUAUUAUGAGAAAGUCCACAUUACCUACAGUCACUGUCAUUAUCUUAAUUUCAACCCCAGUCAUGAAUGUGUUUUUUGAUUUGCACUUGAACUGUUAUUUUCUGU